UAUGACGUUAUAAGCAUUGACCAAUUAGACGCACGUUCUUUGCACUGACGCCCAAUCAAACGGGAGGACAAUUCCGGCACGAGUGACGUAUUAGAGGUAGCAUGCCUGUCUGUCGCUGUAGGUGCUACAGUGUAGGAUGUUGAGGCUCCUCGGAAGAAUCUUUACGUCUGUACGAAUACGAAACAACGCGAACGUUUCCGCUGGACCCCAGAAUCUCACUUACGCAAACUACCUCUGUACUAACUUUGCACUGAAGCCGCAAAUGGAGUCCAACCUGUACCGGGCGCCCCCACAGGUCCGCGGUAUGACUCUUCUUGACAAAGAGGCCUUCGCGCAAACCGUCACGGUCCCAGCUCUACGGGUGCCCACGCGGUUCCUCAACAAAGUGAUGAAGAGCCUAAAAAAGUCUACCAUCCAGCGCCCUGGGGUGCCAAGAGUGGUCCAGGACAAUGAGGAGAGUCCUGACUUUAGGCUGGUGCUGUUAGAUCCUCACAGAGUGUCCUCAUUGAGUUCCUUUACUGAGGAUGAAGCAGAAGCGCUGAGGUCAUUUGAUGUUUGUCAGGAGCUGCAGCAUUAUGAGCUGAGAUUGACCUACAACAACCUGAAAAGUGAGGAGGUGCUGGAGGCUGUCCUACCUCAGGGACAGGAUGUGACAUCUGCGUUCAGCCGAGUGGGACACAUCGCACACAUGAACCUCAGGGACCACCAGCUCCCAUACAGGAACCUCAUUGGUAGAGUGAUCAUGGACAAGAACCCGGGUGUCACAUGUGUGGUCAAUAAGACAAAUGUUAUCGACUCAACGUAUCGUAACUUCAAGAUGGAGGUACUGGCUGGAGAGGAGAACAUGGUCGCCAAAGUGAAAGAGAACGGGAUGACGUACGAGUUUGACUUCUCUCGCGUGUACUGGAAUCCGAGGCUGAGCACAGAGCACCAGCGCGUGGUAGAGCUCGUCAAGAGCGGCGACACCGUGUUUGAUGUCUUCGCAGGCGUGGGACCCUUUGCGAUCCCAGCGGCCCGCUUGGGGGCCACUGUGUUUGCCAACGACCUCAACCCGGAGUCCUACAGGUGGUUGCAACACAACAGCAGGGUGAACAAGGUGGAAGGCAAAGUGAAAACCUUCAACCUGGAUGGCCGAGCGUUCAUCCGAGGUCCGCUCAAGCAAGAACUUCUCGGACUGUUGAAAGGAAAAGGCGCCACGCACGUGGUCAUGAACCUGCCUGCUUUGGCUCUGGAGUUCUUGGAUGCCUAUAGAGGCCUUCUGCACCAGGAGGCUCCCUGCGACGACAACCUCCCCACAGUACAUUGCUACGGCUUCUCCAAAGACGACAACCCAGAGAGGGACAUGAUGGAGAGGGCGUCUCUUACCCUGGGUUUCCCUUUGGAGGACCGCUGCUCGGUACAUUUUGUCCGCAAUGUGGCGCCCAACAAAGAUAUGAUGUGUGUGAGCUUCACCCUCCCUAAAGACGUCCUCUUCGGCCAGCAUGAAGAACAGACAGAAUCUUCAGAGGAACCAACCCCGAAGCGGCAGAAGUGCAAAACAGCAGAAGAAUCAUGAAAGAGAAUUCAAUCACAGCUUGAUGUCAAUGUAAAUGGCAACUUGAGGAAAUGUUUUAGUUAAAAAUGUUUUUUGUUU